GGGCUGGAGUGUGGCCGGUGGAGCCAUGGAGUCUAGUUAAAUAGAGGUGAAGUGGUUGAUAUAUUUACUCAGUUGCUUGGUGGAAGUAGAAGGUACUAGAGGCGUUUCCAUGGACAACAGCUUGCAUUCGAGGAUGGCAAGUGAUGUCGACAUGGGAGUAUCUGGCGGAGAUGUAGAUGCUGUUUGUGUUGCUCGGAGGGCGGUUCUGUGUGAGGCGGUCAAAGCUUUCAAUGGGUCUGUUCCUGUUUAUCACCACGACAUCUGCAAUGGUGUUUUCACUGCUACGGUUUUUGUGCUGUUUCCUUUGUCUGGUGGAGUCGACGCCAUUUCAAUGAUGGAUGCAAGAGGAGGAGGUAGAAGAACAAAGGAUGAAGCUGAGGAGAGUGAUGCAGAUGCUCUGCUAUCUGUCCUGGAGGAGAAUCUGAAAGCUGAGGCGGAUGAUAUUACAGAGCAGCUAGCAAAGCUUAGCAUGUGAGAUGUGGAGAUGAAUAAAUCUAUGUGUGGAGUGUCUAUAUCUAAGUACUGAUGUGUAUCUUAGAGCAAGUUUAAUUUCCUGUCAUGUGUUGGACGCUCUUACUGAGGCUAAUUUGUGUGACCAUGUACCGACCAAUAGAGAGGAUGUGACUUGGUACUUGCUAUUUUAAGUUA